AUGGCUUCCGGAAGGUCUCCUACAGGUAUUUAUCCUACAAUUGAUACUGAGACGAAAGCAAUCAGCAACGUCCAUCAAGCGGAAGAUGAUUCCAACACCAAAGUCCACGACGGCUUGGACAUAAUUCAUGGCAAUGCACCUAACGACAACUCCAUUGACACCAAUUUUCAAGCUGGUGUGCAGAAGGCCGAGGCCACAACAAUUAGUUGGACAAUAUCUACUUUGGUCACUGCUUAUGUCGCAAUCUGGCUUGUCUACCUUGUCCAAGGCAUUGUGACUGGAGUCAGUGGUGCCUUGCUCCCCUACGCGACUUCAGCCUUUGCUCAACAUUCACUGAUUCCCACCACUGGAGUUUUGAGUCAAGUGGUUGGCGGUGUCACAAAUUUGGGCGUCGCGAAAAUCCUCGACAUUUUUGGACGUCCACACGGAUUUCUACUCUGUGUAUUUCUGUGUACUGUUGGCUUGAUCAUGUCAGCCGCUUGCAACAACGUUGAAGCAUAUGCGGCAUCGCAAGUCUUUUAUACCGUCGGGAUCAACGGUGUCGGAUACUGCCUCAGCGUCUUCAUUGCGGAUACGUCUUCACUUCGUCAUCGCGGUCUCAUGCAGGCUUUACUCAAUUCACCAUAUCUCAUUACAUCUUGGAUUGCAGGCCCCAUCUCGACAUCAUUCUUGAAUGGAGCCGGUUGGCGCUGGGCUUUCGGAAUGGAAAGUAUUCUCCUUCCAGGAGUUACUCUACCCCUGUUUGGGCUCUUCAUGUGGCAAUACAUGAGGGCUAAGAAGCAGGGUGUCUUUCCAAAACACCAUCACGACGAACGUACACUAUGGCAAUCUGCUGUAUACUAUGCACACGAGUUUGACCUGAUUGGACUUUUGUGCAUAUCUGGGGGUUUUGCCUUCUUCCUCCUCCCAUUCAAUCUUUACACUCAGCAGGCCAAGGGUUGGGGAUCUGCCCUCAUUAUUUGUUUCCUCGUCUUUGGAAUAAUUUUACUCGCAGCUUUUGUACUAUGGGAAAGAUCUUUUGCUCGUGUCCGUCUCACUCCAUGGGCAAUCCUUGGAGAUCGAACAGUCCUCGGCACUUGCCUCACCGCAUUUAUGCUCUUUUUGAGUGUUUCUUGUUGGAACGGGUAUUUUAGCUCGUUUCUUCAGGUAGUCAACGGUCUCACUGUGACUGAAGCAAGUUAUCUGAUACAAGGAGGCACGGUUGCCCAAAUUGUCAUGAAUCUUGUUGCCGGAUCAAUCAUCUCAUACACCGGACGCUACAAACCUGUCAGUCUCUUUUUCGGCUUUCCUUUGGUGGUCCUUGGUACGGGUCUGAUGAUACAUUUCCGUCACCCUGAUCAUUAUGUGGGCUACGUUGCCAUGAGCAACCUUUUUGUCAAUCUUGGAUUCGGUAUCCUGAUGCUCACGGUCGAGAUUGGCAUCUUGGCGGCUGCUUCUGCUCAGCAAUACUUUGCCGUCAGUAUUGCCCUGCUAAAUCUCUUUGCUUAUAUUGGCACUGCCGUGGGUUAUACAAUCUCCUCGGCCAUCUGGCAAGGCACGAUGCCCGAAAAACUCGCUUUAUAUCUUCCUCCUGAGAGCCAAGGGAAUCUCACCACAAUCUAUGCCGACAUUCAACAACAGUUAUCUUAUGAGUGGGGCACACCCGUCCGUUUGGCAAUUCAGAAAUCCUAUGGAGACACAUGGCGAUACUUGCUGAUUGCUGGUGUCUCAACUUGGGUCCUGGGGUUGAUGGCGAUUCUCAUGUGGAAAGACAUGAAUGUCAAAGGCAUAAAACAGAACAAGGGCUAUGUCGUGUAG